AUGAAUAAUGCCUUGCCGACUACCGUCCCUGACAAUGACAAAUAUGAAACAUACUCAGUUCAUAUUACGAAUUUAUCUGACGAUGUUACAGCUGAAUAUCUAUCCGAAAAUCUUCGUUAUUCAAUCGGUGAUAUACUCAUGAAUCCCUCCAAAAAUGAAUGUUGGAUACGUCGUUCUGAACGAAAGUUGGUGGCCGAUCAAUUAGUAGCAAACCUAAAUUCCAAGAGAAUUCGGGGAAAAUCGAUUCGAUCACGUGAACUCGGUCAUUCAAAUAAAAAUCAAUGUCGAAUUAGUGAUACAGAUCCGUCUACAGCAACAAUUGUGAAUCAAAAGUCACUGAAAUAUGCAAAACGUCUUGUUGAACGUUGCCACAACAAAGCUUAUCCUGAUGGUCAUCAUUUCGAAAAUUCUAUAACUCAUCUGCCCAAAAAUGCUACUGCCAACUUUAAAAAAGCAUUAGUAUCCUUGGAGGAAGCAAUUCGUUUACGCGCGGAUUAUAAUCAAAAUAUAUGUCUGUUGAGAGUCGAUGAGCAGGAGCAACGUGCCCUCCUAUUUGGAGAACCUGGAGUCGUAGUACAAAGUCAACAGUCGUUUGAAAAAUUAAAAGAGAGUUUCCAGCUGAUGCGACAUAAAGUCAAUUUCACACAAUUACAAAUCAAGUAUCUACUAACGAUUUGUUACCAACAAUUACAAGAACUGGAAAGUCGAUAUAAAGAUGAUGGUGUCGAUAUCCUGUCGAAACUACCUGUAAAUGAAAUUGUUUCGAGUGGAGAUAUUUUCGAAAAGCUGUUAAGACCACGUCUGUUAGACUAUGCAAGUGUCAAUUCAGAGGCAUUUGAUUUAAGUGACUGUAAUUUGGCGAAUGAAAAAGAAUUUUAUUCAAAAUUAGUUUUGAUAGCACAACCAUAUGGCUGUCACUUGGAAAUGAAAACUGCUGUACAGAAAGUGUCAGUUAAUGUGCCAACAACACUCGCAACCGAAUAUGCAGAUCAACCAACAGAAGCAAAUGCCGUGGAUAAGAGCGAAGAGGACGGAUGCACGAAGAUAAACAGGAGCGAAAUUAAAGUCGUCUUAGGUGAUUUGACGACUGAGAAAGCCGAUAUCAUUGUUGUUUGUUCAAAUUCUGAUGUAUUGAAAUCGACAAUUUUAAAAGCAGCUGGUUUACAGGUAGCGGAUGAGUAUAACACCGGCAACAAUGCCCGACAAAAGCUAUCGCAACAACCUUGUGACAUCGCAACAUCACCUGGCUACUUAAAAUGCAAAAAAAUAUUAUUUCUACCGUGGAAACCAGUGCCGUCCUUAGCAUCAGCGGCUGAUCAGAGUCUAACGCGUCACAGUGUGUCACACUUUGUUAAAACGGCUAUUGACUUUGCAUUUGCUAGUAAUUACAAGAGUAUUGGUAAGGAUAUAAGAGUCGGAUUAGUAAGACUUGCGCUCGGACCUGAAGACUUCCGAUACGGUUCGAUCGGCCAGUUCAUAUCGAGAGUUGCCUAA